AUGGAUGGAAGUGGGAAAAUAGCUGGCACUAUUGUAAAUAAAUGUUUACGUUCUAUUGACUGCACAAAAAUUCACAACAAAAACAGAAAAUCUGACUCGUGCGUGAAGUGUUGUGAUUUGAAAAGCAAGCUAGAUACAAAUCUCCAAAAAGUUCAUAAAAUUCUAGAAAAUCCAAAUACUCUUCCUCCUUAUUCAUCCAUAAUACCAUAUCCUCAAGUCAUGUAUCAACUAUUACGUGAAACUACGAAAGCUUUGGGAAAGUGUGAGCCCAGUAACUUUGAAACAAAAAUAAUAGAAUCAUUAAGGAAGGCCAAAGCACAAUAUGAGAUUAAUUCAAGUCUUAAAUCAAAACAUAUUAAAAUGAACAAAGAUCCAACAAUUGAAAAUAAGCAAUGUGAGCAAGAAUUACUUGAAAAUGAGCAAGAAUUAAUUGAAAAUGAGCAAGAAUUCAUUGAAAAAGAUACUGAUCAAUCCAAACAAUCCAAAAAAACUGAUAGAUACACACACGUUCCACCUCAAAAACAAAAUGGGAGACAGGUGAAAUGUUUAAAAAUCUAA